AUGGAUAAUGAUGGAGUUGUUGAAAUACGUGAGGAAGAGGAACCCGAGAGACGUGAAGAGCUUCGUCGAUCGGCCGUUACUUUACUCGUCGCAGUCGCGUUCCAUCUUCUCACCCUAGUCGGAAAAAGAUCAGCUGGUUUCGUCGUCCCAGAUCCAUAUUCGGGAACGGAGAAGAACGGACACUGGGCCUUGUAUUGGGCUUCGAAGUUUAUAUACAGGAUGGCGGAGUUAUCGUGUCUGACUGUGAUUGUUCAACUCAUUUUAUCGACGAUUGCGACGGUGGUGGUGAUGGUGGGACGAGAACGAGAACAAGCACGACACAUGCGUAGACUGCGUAUAAGCUGCAAUAGACAACUGUUUCUGGGUUUCAUCUGCUUCACCAUCUCGCUCGCUCUCUCGGCUUACCUUCGCUGCUUUGUCUGA